AUGAUUCCCCUCGCCUCCAUUCGCCCAUGGGAAACGAGGCGCCGAGUCCAUCCCUUCGCCCCCCCCUGCCACCACGACCACCACCGCGGCCAAAUCCGUUCUCCCGGCCAAGGAAUCCCCCGCGCUGCCCCCGGUUGUCUCUCACUGUCGGCGCAAUGGGCCUCGCGUUCGACGCUGGCGCAACGGCACCGUCUGACAGUGGCGGAAGCACGGCGCAAGAUACGUAGUCCCCUACCACAAACCGCGCAUCGCUUAAUGUGCGGCCAAUUUCAUGGUCUUGUCUGGCCGAUGUGUCGCCCAGCUCUGAGGUCUCCGACCCGGGGAGUCCCUGUCCCAGGACGAUGCUGCCGAGAUCCUUCACUGCAAACCGCGGCACCGCAUUGGGCCCAGUCCCAAUGUUGCGCAGGUCCGGGUACACGAGCUGGAAGGCUAACCUCGUCCCGACGGCGGGAUAUGGCAGGGCAGACGGCCUGGCGGCGGCGAGCUCCAUGGCCAGCUCGCAAAGGGUGCAUUGCGGCCACGUGUAGACGGAAAUGUGAGGUGGCAAGGAUGGCGAUGCAAAUUCCUCGGGGCCAGCGAGGACGUGGGGGAGCUACCGAUGGAAUGCGCCUGUGCGGUAGAAUAGCUGGACGAGAAACGGCGCGGGCGGAUCGCGCUCGUCCUCCGAGGCGGUAG